AUGUAUAAACCAAAAAUGAUAGAAAAUGAAAAAAAUCUUCAUUGUUUAAUGAAACAUGAAUUACCUGUCACAAUGGUUAUUCUAGAUUCUAAACUAACAUAAAAUUAAAGACUUUUGUGUUAGGAAUGCAUUGAUAAUUUUGAAUCAGAGUAAACAUAGAAGACAAUAGGAUUUAAAAAAAUAGUUUAGAAGAUUGAAGAUAAUAAAUAGUAAUAAUUAAGUAUUUUAGAAAAUCUAAUUAUAAGUAAUAUUAAAUAAGUUGAAUCAUUCUAAAUUGAAAUCAAUAAUUUAAAAUCUAUGAUUAUUUAAUAAUUAGAUCAAAUAAUUAAUAAUACAAAAGAUUGGAUAUUAAAUUUAAAAUAAAUAGGAUUUAAAUAUUCAGAAUAUAGUUUCUUUAAAGAAUUAGAUUUAAUAAUAAUUAAUUAAUAAAAUAAUCAAAAUGAUUAAAUUAAUUGUUAAAAUCAAAUUAAAAUACUUAAUCAAAGUUAGAUUACUAAAAUCAAUUCUAAAUUAGAAUAAUUCAAAUCAUUUCAAGAAUAUUAAUAAUUAAAGAAUAUAUUAAAUAAAUUAAAUGAAUAAACAUAAAAUAUAUUUAUAAUUUAAUAACAAUAAAAAUAACAAUUAAGUCCAAAUCAAUUAUUAUUUAUUGAUAAUACUAUUGAAUAAAAAGAAAUAUGUAAUGCAAUUGUAUUUGAUUCAACAGGGAAGAUUAUGGUUUCAACUUGUGAAAAUAAAAUAUUAAUUUGGAAUUUCAAUAAUGGAAAAAUUUAAAAAGUUCAAACACUUUCAGAACAUUAAAAAGAUGUUAUUUGCCUAAUAUAUAGUAAAAUUAAGAAUUAUUUUAUUUCUGGAUCAAAUGAUGGAUCAAUUAUAUUAUGGAAAUAAUUGAAUAACAAUCAAUGGUAAAGUUCUAAACCAUAAUGUGAGCAUAAGAAAUAAAUCAAUUGUAUAAUCUUAACAUAAAAUGAAAAUUAAUUAAUUUCAGGUAGUUUAGAUUCCUUGAUAAAUGUAUGGAGAAUAGAUUUUAUUAAUAAUCAAUUAACAUUUCUCUAUUCUUUAUAAAAACAUACUAAUUCUGUCACCUCAUAAAGUUUAAAUGAAUCAGAAAGAGUAUUGGUUUCAUGUGGAGAUGAUAAAUUAAUUAUAAUUUGGUAAAAGGAUGCAAAUAAUAAGUGGACUUUUUAGUAAGUUGUUAAAUAAUCAAUUCAAGAUGUUGGGACUCAUGUUAAAUUCAUAAAGGAAGAUUAAUUCAUAUUGUUACCUUAUAAAUUCAAUUGUUUAUAUGUAUUUUAACAAAAAGAUGGUCAAUUUCAAGAAAUAAUAGAGAAGAAAGUUUAAUUUAAAAAAAUUAACUAUGGAUAUUUAAAUUAAUCAUUCUUCCCUAUAAUAUUCAUUAAGGAUAAAAAUUUAAUAUGCUUGAGACAUAAAGACUACAUUAUCUUACUCAAAGAACAAAAUGAUGGAUAAUUGUAAAUUGUUUAGGAAUUAGAUUGCCAACAUUGGAAUAUAUUUGGAACAGUAACAAACAAUGGAUAAUAUUUAAUAUAUUGGGGAGAAAAUAAGAUGAAAUAUGAGAUAUAUGAAAUAUAGUAUAAAUGA